UAAAGUGUUUUUAAUUUCACGAAAGCAUUUAAUGGACCACAAGAACACAAUCUAGUGCGAACGCAUCAUGUAGCAUCAACGGGUUCUUUGAAACGUUCCCACUAGGCUACACGCGGAGACGAGGCAACCUCCGCGGCCCCGCCUACUGCCCCUCACCCUCACCCCGCAGUCCCGCUGGUCCAGGUCCGCACACUUGGUCGAUUGCUUCUGCCUGGGAAUGCCCGCCCAGAUCGACUGCUCCUGUCUGUCCCGUCCCCGGGCGCGGGAAAUGAGUUUCAAUCGACUUCCCCAACUUCAACUAUCCUGUUGCCGCCUUCUCCUCUCUUUACACCCCUGACUCCCUGAGGUCCACGAGAAGUGGAAGCGGAGAAGUUCAAGACGCCGCCAUGUCCGAGGCGUAUUUCCGGGUGGAGUCGGGUGCGCUGGGGCCUGAGGAGAACUAUCUUUCCUUGGACGACAUCCUGAUGUCCCACGAGAAGCUCCCGGUGCGCACGGAGACCGCCAUGCCUCGCCUCGGCGCUUUCUUCCUGGAGCGCAGCGCUGGCGCCGACACCGACAACGCGGUCCCCCAGGGCUCAAAGCUUGAAAUUCCCUUGUGGCUGGCAAAAGGACUUUUUGACAACAAGCGACGGAUCCUUUCUGUGGAACUUCCCAAGAUCUACCAAGAGGGCUGGAGGACCGUGUUCAGUGCGGAUGCCAAUGUGGUGGACCUCCACAAAAUGGGGCCACAUUUUUAUGGGUUUGGCUCCCAACUCCUGCAUUUUGACAGUCCAGAGAAUGCAGACAUUUCCCAAUCUCUGCUGCAGACUUUUAUUGGACGUUUUCGCCGCAUCAUGGACUCUUCCCAGAAUGCUUAUAAUGAAGACACUUCUGCACUGGUAGCCAGGCUAGACGAGAUGGAGAGGGGCUUAUUUCAAACAGGACAGAAAGGACUGAAUGACUUUCAGUGUUGGGAGAAGGGACAGGCUUCCCAGAUCACAGCUUCUAACCUUGUUCAGACUUACAAGAAGAGAAAAUUCACUGACAUGGAAGAUUGAAAUUCAGGAGAAAACAGAAUGGCUCCUUAUAUACUUAUCCCUCCAAGUGUCCGUGAUAAGAACUGGUUAACUUUGUACAGGACCAGAAUCCUUCCCAUAUCAUGGGUGAUUUCCUGUAGG